AUGUCGGACAUCAUGCACACCUCGAUAUCGCAGCAGACGUUCUCGUCGGCGCCGUCGCUCGACGACGACGACAACAUGUCGGUCGCGUCGGACAUGUCCGCCGCGUCCAACCUCACGGUCACGCGCACCAUCACCCGCCUGGAGGACUUCCCGAGGCACCGCCCGCCGCCCAUCGGCACCGUGCUGGAGGAGGAGACCCCGAAGCCCGUCCAGCUGGUCGUCGAGUUCCUGGGCGGCGCCGCCGCCACCUCGGACAACACCCGCGACUACAUCGACGCCCUGUACUCGGAGCCCAUGGAGGUCUCGGUCGAGUGCCAGUUCCUCCCCAAGAUCGACAUGUUCUCCAACACAGACCCGUUCGUCGUGCUUCACAUGCGCGACACCCCGCGCGACCCGUGGCGACAGCUCGGCAAGACAGAGGCCUUGACUAACUACCACUUCCCCAGGUUUGUCACCAAGUUCGCCUUCACCGCCCUGCCGGACCAGGACAUGGACAAGGAGCUGCUGGUCAAGGUUUAUGGCAAGGGCAGCAUGAAGAAGAGCAUCCCGCUCGGCCAUGCCAUGUGCUCCAUCUGGGAUGUCGUUUGCGCCCCGGGACAGUGCAAGGUCAUGAAGAUGGAUUCCAUCAAUCAGAAGAAAGAGACCUGGGUCAUUCUCUCGGGCGACACAAAACGCACACAGGGCGCCGACCGCGUCGUUAAUAUUAAUGUCAAGUUUGAUAAGUCGGUCAAGCCGAAGGCGAAGACCUUCUUUUUGCUCAACCGCUCACUGAAGAAGGCCCGGUGGACCCCGGUGUACAGGUCGGAGAGCCACGGCAGUCCCAACCGCGAGUUUAAGACCGCUACCACCUCGUUUGCCGAUUUGUUCAGAGGGGAGGAGAGCAAACCCAUGCGCCUCGAGUUUUAUCAAAAGCGCUCAGCGAUUGAUCCUAAGCUUAUUGGAUUUGUGCAGGUUUCCAUUAAACAACUGCACGCGAUGGAAGAGGGCAAGGUGUUGCAAUGGUGGUCGGGGCAAGGGGGGAGCGCCCCGGGCCUCGUCGUGCUUGCGAAGAAGGAAAUUACGGAAGAGUCGAUUGACCUAUGGUUUGCCGUCACGAAUGAAUAGAGUUUACGCUGCCUCCGGAGGUUGCAUGACGGGAGGCCAGCGUGCCUGUCGAUGACGUUUUGAAUAUGGCUGAGUAGCUUGGUAGUGCAGGUGGUGUCGGUGGUGUAUAUGGGCGAGCUUAUUUGCUUGGUUUUGUGUUGUGUUUUUGUCGUUAAGAAUUGCUGACCAGUGUGAGCGGUGACUAGCUGUUGCUGGCGUGCCACUUUUGUUCCUGGUUUGCUUUUGUUUUCACGUAAAUGUUUAAGGAUAGGUUAGC